AUGCGGACUCCCAGGGCUUUGGCCUCGGCCUGGUUUCCAUUGAAUGCGGUCGCGCAGAACUCCACGAUAGAUCUCUCGUGGCAUCCGCCCAGCAAGACAUGGAUCAAUGAUUUGGGUCAAGUCCUGAACAGCACCGGAACGUACGGCUUUUACUUCAAUGGCUCUGCUCUGCCGGCGAAUGCAUCCUACGGGACGUACAACUGGUGCAACAUGCCCCAUGUAAGGCGCGAGGAGUACCCUAAAGUUAGCGAAGAGUAUGAGCUGGACUAUGUUGAGGUCAUCCACCGCCACCACAAGAGGACACCCUACGCCUCCAACACCUUUCCCAAGGAGACUUACAGAUGGGACUGCAACGACGAGGGCCUCUUUUACUAUGGUCAGCCUUUGAACCCUGUGGGCAAUACUUCCGCAAGCGCAUACUGGAGUGUCUUUACUUCAGACAUCAACCCUUUCGCACCGAGCGGGUUCAAUGGCACCUGCCAAUUCCCACAGAUCACUAGGCAGGGUCUCGAUGAUUCUUGGCAGCAUGGUAAAGACUUGUUCGGCGUAUACCACGACCUUCUCAGUUUCUUGCCAAACAAGAUCGGCGACAAAGUAACGUACCGCGUGACGAACAACGUGAUCACGAGCCAAGUAGCCGGUAUGCUCAUCAACGGGAUGUACGCGCCAGAAUCGCCCACAUCUCUACGUAUCCAGCCGACAGGCAUCGACUCCUUGGAGCCCCAAUACUCCUGCCCUGCUGCCUCGUCUUUGUACUCAUCCUACGGCGUCGGCAGUACCGCAGCGAACUGGACGAAACACCUCAACGAAGCCAAGUCACUCUACAACUCGUUGGAUGCGAUAUCCGGAGUCGCGAGUGACUCUACUGACUGGCACAAGUCUUUCGACCAUUACUACGACAACCUUUCCGCUCGUCAGUGCCACGCAAAACCUCUUCCUUGCAGCUCCAACGAUGCUUCGAAGUGCGUGACGCAGGAACAGGCAGACACCGUGUACCGACUGGGACAAUACGAGUACUCCUUCAUCUACCGUGACUCUCCUCAGUCACUCCAAGCAGCUGUGGGCUCGUACGGCGUGUUCCUUGCCGAGCUCGCGCAGAAUAUCCGAGACUUCGCUGCAGGAAAGUCGCCUGUGAUUUACCGGCACAACGUCGCGCACGAUGGAAGUGUGUCUAGGCUGUUGAGCAUCUUGCAGGUCGAUGUCAUGGUUUGGGUGGGCAUGGGCAGCGAGAUUGUCUUCGAAGUGUACUCCAAACGUGGAUAUGGGGAAAAGAAGUACAUCCGGAUUCUGUGGGGUGGACAGAUCUUGCAGAGUUCAAAUCCUACACUGGGGAGGGUUGACAUGCUGGACCUGGAUGUGUUCUUAGGUUAUCUCGAUGGAUUGGUGGGAUCGAAGGCGAGCAAGAUGGUGCAGUACUGCAAGCCGUAG